CUUGGUGAGGGACAGCAGAGAAAUGACCAUCGAACAACCAUAUGUUCUGUCGGUCUAUUUUCAAAGCAAAGUUUAUAACAUCAAGAUACGUUAUUUGGAGGAAAGUGAACAAUACGCUCUUGGAACCGGGCUUAGAGGGAAUGAAAAAUUUGAUUCUGUCCAGGAUAUCAUUGAAUUCCAUAGGAGAUUUCCGGUGAAGAUCAUUGAUGGAAAGAAAUCAUCUGAUAUCCAUGGGAAAGAAUGCUAUCUAACGCAGCCUCCACAUCUGAGUGGACAGAGAUAAUAACUGGCACCUAAACAGGGAUGUCUAACAUCUUCCAGUGAUGAUUUUCAAAACUGCAUUUCAAUAAAACCUAGAUGAUGGCUAUAUUUAUCAUCAAUAGGCUACUCUAAAGGGACACUAUCAUAAAACAUACAAAUACAGCAGUUGUGUCUGGUAGCAGCACCCAAUAUUUAGUAAAGUAGAAAAGUAGUGGAAAAAAAAAUAUGGUAAAGGUACAGUCACCAUGCUAGCAGAUGUGUUGUACUUCCUAGCUAAGUCUACAUUCUUCCUUUCAACAUGGCUGCCAUUCUAUUACAAAAACAUUAAAUCUGAGGGGUUCAAGAAUUUCAUGUUGUGAGCGUAAAACAGUCAGUCUUAAAUAAUAAUUACAUAAUAAUUGGAUUCUUUAAGCAGAGAUAUCUAUAACGUCUAGAUCAGUGGUCCCCAACCUUUUUUGCAUCAUGGACCAGUUUCAAGCAAGAUCAUUUUUUCAAGGACCGGGGGAUGGGGGGUGCAUUCUGGGCACAUAAUUAAGCACAAUAAAGUAGCUAUUGUCUUUGAAGCUAUUAUAGGUUUCAGCUGGGACCAAAGGCUGGGACCAAAGGGGGUCCGGUUCGGCACAGCCCAUGGCCCGGUGGAUGGGGACCACUGCUCUAGAUGCAAACUAAAACUACUCUGUAUCUUUCAGCUGAUUACAGGUGUAAUUUUUUCAUUGCUCAGAACAAUAAUAGCCUUUGGCAUGAAAAUUUAGUUUUCGUGUUGAUGUAAAUAUGACCAAAGUGCUUCAUUAUGUAUUUCUUAUCAUUAGGAGGGAAGAUAAAUGAUAAACAUGUUAUUUCACUGCAUUUCAUAGUAUAGUUAGUUACAUAUUUACAUUGGGUUGAAAAAAGACCAGUGUCCAUCAAGUUCAACCCAUCCAAGUAAACCCAGCACUCACA